GAAUAUGUUGACAUUUUUCUUAAUUUUACCAGUGUAUUCUUUCGAAGUCAGGGAAUUUACUUUUACAUAUUCCACAGACAUGGAGAUGCAGCAGAAUUCUGACAUUUUUUCAGAGUUUGAAAUUAAUCGGCUCGGAAGUCCUUUGAUACAGUGUGCCGCCGUAUGUGCACAGUCAGGGAUGUGUUAUGGUGUGGAACUUUGUAACACAACCCCCAAACGCUGUCGACUUUGGGAGAAGGAAUUCACAAACAACGGGUCGGGUCCAGUAGCGACCAAGUGCUCGCGUUAUACAAAGAAAAUCAAGAAAGCUAAUGAAUGCUCCGAUUCAUGUGCUUGCUUUGACUCUACAGGUGUUUAUAAUCUAACUGUUGAUGGAAAGUUUAUGGAAGUUAAGUGUUUCCGUGGAAACUACAUGUGGACUGUUAUACAAAGAAGAAUGGACGGCUCUGUGUUGUUUAACAGGAGUUGGUCCAGUUACAAAAAUGGAUUUGGUUCCUUACUUUCUGAAUUUUGGCUUGGAAAUGAUAACAUCCAUCUGUUAACAAAGAAUGGUCUAACUUACCUGCGGAUCGAUCUAAAGAAUUCUACUGGAGAAUGGAACUACGCAGAGUACAGUAACUUUUCUGUGGACACUGAGGAAAAUAAGUAUAAACUCACUGUUUCUGGAUACUCUGGAGAAGCAGGAGACGACUUUUCAUACCAUAAUGGCAUGUACUUCACCACCUAUGAUGCUGAUAACGAUAUGAGUGACACGAUCACGUGCUCCAUGAACAAUCACGGGGGAUGGUGGUUCAAUAAUUGCUAUAAAGCGAACCUGAACGGAGAAUACGACAGCAAACUAUAUAAAGCUGGUGUUGUCUGGUAUUCCUGGCUCGACGAGUCCUUGAAAGAAGCCAGAAUGAUGAUUCGCGAACCUUAGAAUGUACUGUAUAAUAGUGAAGUGAAAAACUGCUAGCGAAAACUUUAAAAAUUAUACUUUCAGGUCUUUUUUUGGGGGGGGGGGCAGAGUGCCAUUUUUUCAUGCAACUGUAUUUGUAUCAUAUUUGUAAUAUUUGCAUUACAUGUGACGUACACUGCA